GCCAGCACAAAAUGAAACAUGUCUAUGUCCGAUUUCGAACCCAGACUAUAUAAGUUUAGUCUGAACUUGAGUUUAAUAGACAAGCAUGUUGUUACUGCACUAUCAUGGGAACCGUAUGCAUAAUAAGGUUAGCUGUUUUGUUUAUGCAAUGGACUACACUUACCAAAAGCAAAACCUGGAACCCCAGAUGAUAAAAUUCAAAACAAGCUGUCAGACUCUAAAAAUCAUCCAUAACUAACUGAUCUCUAUUGUUCUAUAGAAUAACAAAAAAUAAGGUUUUUUUUAUCUAAUCACUUAUAUGGAAUAAUGGCCUGACGGCAGAACGGCCACUGCUGAGUCAUUUGUUAUUGGAGAACUUGAACGUGCGUCAUAUAGCCCGUAACUAUCGCGACAUUUGCAAACACAAUUUUUGCCGUCACGAAAUAGACAUAAAAAUAGAAAAACUCUGAAAGCCCUGAACGCAUGGACCGCCAAAACACAAUUCAAAUUCUGUCACACGCUGGCUGGCCGGGUUCGAGCUAGAUACAUCCCGCUUACGAAAGAAUCAACGCAUAAGCUGGUACAUUUGCUGCCCUGGAACAAAUUAUGGUGGACAAGUAUAGGACAUAAAACUGAUGUUGCUUAGGGUUAAAAAUACGCCCGAGAACAUUUGUCAAAAAAUAUGUGCAUUAAACAUAAUCAGUAUUUGACGAGCGUACUUUGGCCGCAUUGAGUCUGUCUAGCUACCUUCUUCUGUAUCUAUUUUGACGUCCGCUAUCACUAGGGGAGCAGCUCUCGAAGAAGUCCCGUUCACGUGAGUUUGUUGUUAGCAGUGUUAUUAUUGUGGCCGGUCCCGCAAGUUCGAUUUUUGCGCCGACAUGCGCUUUCGAGCGAACGAUCAAUUUUGUGCACAGGUUUGGGACUCUGGGCGUGUCGUGAUAUAUGAUAACGUUACGGGUAUGGUACUAGGCGAAUAUGUACCAGAAAGUCAUCUACAAUGUGCUGCCAACUGUGUUCGAUGGGAGGGAAAUAACCUGCUUAUUCUCGGGGGUCAUGACGGAACGGUUAUUAUUUUCGAUGCACUUGAAACAAAAGUGAAAGCAUAUUUGAAAAAAGUUCACGCUGGUGCCGUGGAGAAUCUAUUGGUCAUUUCCGAACGCGUCCUUUCAUGCGGUCAAGAUGGCGCCAUUCACGAAUACCAGCUCAUACAACAAAUUCGCCUUCAAUGGGAGCAAGCGUCCGAAUCGAGGCCGCUUUACUCGUUAGCGGCAGUUAAUGGGGGAUCUCGACUGCUUGCCGCGUCGAUAUCACAGCUGCGGAUGUUUGAUGUUGACAAACGAACUCUGCUAAAGACAGUUACAACACAGCACGUAUCUCCUAUCAGGUUUUUACUCACAACUGAAGAUUCGAAAGUCCUGAGCUGCGCAGAUAGACACCUAGUUAUUUGGAGUAAGAAGUUGCGGUGCAAAUCGACAUUGGUAAUAUCUCCCAGCGAAGUGAUAUCACUUCAGAGCAGCGAUAAGUGGCUUUGUGCCGUCUGCUCCGCUGGCGAAUGUGUCGUGUGGACUCGCAAUCCAGAAGGGGGUGAUAAUUCUGAACACGAAUGGAAACGCAAGAUAACAAUACAGGUGGCCACAACCGACGCCACACCAGUGCAAAUACAUGAAGCACGUGUUAUAAACUGCCAGCUAUUGCUAGUCUAUGGGCCAACGGGAAGGCCUCGUAUAGAGAUAGUACCUUUGCCUGUGAGAAACCAUGUCCUCAUUCGGGACGUAACCAGCAAGCCAAUUCCAACAUCUACAGACUUCGCAGGAGUUCCUGUAACACAUUACAAACCGUCUGCACCAAAAAUAAUCGGUCCUCUAAACGAGCGAGCACAAAACACUGCGAAAAGCGCACCUAAUUACGAGGAUCGUGAUGAGGUUCCACUGGAAGAACGGUUACUUGAUGGGGGCUCCGAUUCUGGAAAAGGGGAGGAACUAGACGACCAACCCCUUCUUAAUCCGCGAACUGAUAAUAUGGUUCAUUUAUUACUCCAAGGUCUACAGUCUAGCGAUCGAACAAUGUUGAAUGCAGUUAUAUUCAGGCACGAUCUUGAAGUCGUGAAUAAUACCGUUAAAAAACUUCCCGUCGAUGCUAUACAAUUAUUCAUUAAAGAGCUGGAAAACAGGCUGCACUGUCGUCCAGGUUUUGUGGCACCUGCGCUACGUUGGACACGCUUUCUGUUGCUUCACCACAGUUCGUACCUUGAGUCAUGCCCACAACUGCUGCAACCACUUCUUUACGUCUUACGAAGUCGAUUAACAUGUACCGAUCGAGUAGUCGAGAUCAAGUCUACACUUAAUUCACUUCUAACUACAACGAGAUAUCAGUCGCAGGUCGUCACUGAUGCAGAAAUUACCGUGGUGGAAGAAGAUGACAUUGCGUCGCCACUUGAUUUGGAGGAGGCGAAUUCGGCGGGUGAAGCUUCAAGUCCUGACGAAGGGCAUGAUGAGCUAGAGAUCAUGGAAGUCGAAGCGUGACCAAUGUAGCAAUAAAAAAUAGAACAUAA